CCCAUCCCCAACUCUCCAAGUUCCCCACCAGCUUAGCAUAUAAUACUCCACGCCCCACGCUCAACGCCCAGAAACCUCCGUCCCCUACAAAAUAAUCAUCAAAAGAAAGCAAGAAACAAAGAUAAUGUCCUUGCACCCAGUUGCCGAAGCUAACGAGAAGAGCCCAUUUGGGUCGUUGACUCCGGAGGAAUUCUACGCUCGCCAUAAGGUCACUCAUGGCACCGAGUUCAUCACGAAUCCUCGUGGCCUUAAACUAUUUACUCAGUGGUGGAUCCCACUUCCCGAUUCUGGCAAGCCCCUGAUCGGCGUCGUCUGCGUCGUCCAUGGCUUCACCGGCGAGUCCAGUUGGUUCGUGCAGCUCACCUCCGUCCAUCUCGCCAAACAGGGAUUCGCGGUCUGCGCUAUCGACCACCAGGGCCACGGGUUCUCGGAGGGUCUCCAGGCUCACAUUCCCGACAUCAAUCCCGUCGUCGACGACUGCGUAGCCUUCUUUGAUGACUUCCGUGAACGCCACGCGCCUCCCAAUUUGCCGGCGUUUCUGUACUCGGAGUCGCUUGGUGGGGCGAUUGCGCUCUUGAUUACCCUCCGCAAGGACUUGAAACGGCCGUACGACGGCGUCGUUUUAAAUGGAGCUAUGUGUGGCGUCAGCGACAAGUUUAAGCCGCCGUGGCCGCUGGAGCAUUUUCUUUCCAUCGUUGCCGCUGUGGUUCCCACUUGGCAAGUGAUCCCCACUCGCGGGAGGAUUCCUGAGGUCUCCUUCAAGGUGGAGUGGAAGAGGAAGUUAGCAAUGGCAAGCCCAAGAAGGCCAUUGGCUAGGCCGCGCGCUGCCACUGCGCAGGAACUGCUGAGGUUGAGCGGGGAAUUGCAAGACAGGUUUGGGGAGGUGACGGUGCCACUUCUGAUAGUGCACGGCGGUGAUGACGUAAUAUGCGACCCGGCGUGUGCGGAGGAUUUGUACAGACGCGCCGCUAGUAAGGAUAAGACCAUCCACAUAUAUCCUGGCAUGUGGCACCAGCUGGUUGGUGAGUCUGAUGAGGAUGUGGAGCGCGUGUUUGGAGACAUUGCGGAGUGGCUUCGGACUAGAGCUGAACGCGCAGCCUCUUCAUCCUAUUCCUAGUCAGAUGACGAGAAAUGAGAGGGGCAGAAUGCCGCCGGAGAAUGGUGGUUAGAGUAAAUAAUAAUAAAGCCGUAGAAAACCCAGUAGGUGGGUGGUACUGGAUGUAACGUGUGGGUACGCAUUAUUGAUUGAAUGCAGGUGGCUGCUAACCACUGCAUUAUCUCACAUCUGCAAUUGCAAAGUUUUCGUGCGUCUAAAAAUUGAGGCUAUUUAGUGUUUGGAUUUUGACAAGAGGGGAUUGUGGGGUUGAGUGACGAUGAGGGCAAUGUGCAGUCGCACGUAACAGCCCAGCCAAUGUGGCCCUUAAUCUGAAUUUGGACAAUAGCGACGGUUCGUGAAAGGUUCACGGUCUUGAUUGACGGACAAAAAAAAUGUAUGAUUUAGUUUACAAGAUACAUAUUGAUUUUAAUAUAUGCCGUGCAUAUUAAAAAUA